AGGUGCUACCUGAAGUAUUUCUCCUCAAGUGGGUCCGCCUGCUCUUUGCGCGCGAGUUCCAAAUGUAUCAGGUGUGGGCGCUAUGGGACGCAAUUUUAAGCGUUUCGUCCGACGACCUCAGUUUUGUCCAAUACCUCUGCGUCGCCAUGCUCCACGAGGCGCGCGACGAGCUCUUGGCGCAAGACGAUGUCGCUGGCGUCCUUCAAUGCUUGAAAGAGACGUCCGUGUCGUAUGCGAAGGUUGUCGACACUGCACGUGAAAUGCAUGACCGCCUCUUGUGUGAGGACGCCAUCGCUGUCGCCACGCGCAGCGAUUAAGGUGGCGUCUUCCUUGCGGGAUAACAAUUUAACUCAAAUACCUGUUUUUGGCCUCA